CAAGAUUUCGCCUUGAACAGCAGUAACUUCGUUCUUUCGUUCCAAACCCUUGGCACAAGCGGGACCGAUAUUAUAAAGAAGCCAAGCUGAGCGCUAGAAAUUAAACCUUGUCAGAUUGUAUCCGGAGAAAGUCGGGGAAGGAGGAACACAGCAUAGAGAAAACCUCAAUUCAGUGCAGAGUGAAUAACUGGAGGUAUGAAAUUCUUUAAAAAACAGAUGAGGGUUAUUCGUUUUGCAGCCGUUUUCCUUUUCAUUGCUUCACAGUCCUAUAUCCAUUCUGUGGUCUCAGUCGGUUUGUUUGAACCUAGAAGAGACAAUGCGCUUUUGAGUAAACGAUUCCUCCCUCAAGCAGAACAAAAAAAACCCGACAAAAGAACUCCUUUGUUUGAUCCACAAGCAGAAGCAGAAAAACCAGAAAAGGAGGCCCUUUUGGACAACCUAUUUGAUCCACAAGCCGAGAAGCCCAAGGAGAAGAAGAAGAAGAAGAUGGGCCCAAGGAGUCAUCGAUUGACUGCUCGAUCAGAACAUGCAUAUGCUGACAAAAUGCCACCUCCGGAAAACAUGUUUGAUUCACAAGUCCAUCAGGACCAAGAUGCUUGUAUGUGGCGGUGUCAGGAAUGGUGUCGACAGCGAUGCCAAUCAUCUGGCAACGAAGAAUGCCUCGAUGGUUGCCUUAACGUCCGUGGCCACAGGUGGAGGAGAUGUAUUAAUAGAUGCAAGAGAGGAGACAUGGAUCGGCCUGGAGGAGACAAUGAGGAAGAGGAAGAGGAAGAGGAAGAGGAAGAGGAAGAGGAAGAGGAAGAGGAAGAGGAGGAAUAUAUGAGUAUGGAUAUGGGCUAUUAAGGAAAACAUUAAACACGGAAGACGAUACUGCAAAAUCUGAAUUGAAUCUAUUGUUGGAGGUCGCUGAGCGUGAGCUGACAAAAAAUAUUCACGAGGUCUUGAUAUUAUAUCAAUAAAAUCUAGUU